AUGAUAGCCACACAGAUGUACGGUAAGCCGGUGAGUGAACUGAGCGAGACAGAGAAGCAGACGGUCUCGACACUGGCAACGGUUGCUGCCGGCCUGGCCGGUGGUCUGGUGGGAGACUCGGGGGCUUCAGCGGUAGCCGGCGCACAGUCAGGUAAGACAACUGUUGAGAAUAACUUUUUGACCGCGGAUCAGAUCGAUAGCUUUGCGGCAAAAGCAAAAGGGUGUGAAGUACGUGGCGACUGCAAACAGAUUGUAAAGGAGAUGGAGGAGCUCAGCCUUAAGCAACAGCAGGAAAUGAUAGCUGUCUGCGCAACAAACCCUGCGGCCUGCAAAGAGAAAUUCGGCGAUAUACCAGCUAAAGGAAUGCUUGUACGAGAAGCGAUAGAUCGUGUGUUAGGUGCAGAUGUACCGUCUGCAAUGAAGAAUGAUAUGUCUUCGUUGUUAGCUCAGCAGAUCGAAGCGGAAGGUGUUGUUACCAGUACUGAAUUUGCCUGUCAGCUACAAAAUCGUUACGGUAUAGACAAGCAACAGGCUGAAAUCCUUGCCGUCGCAGCAUUGGGAGCAGUGACAGGUAAGAAAGGGGCCUGGAAUCAAGCAAUGAAUAAGCCGGAACCGAAUACCGUUUAUAAGGUCGAUGGAAAUAAAACAUACCAGACUGAUGCAUUGGGAAAAGAACUAGUUCAGUUGAGGGUAUACUAG